UCGAGUUGUCUGUUGUUUCGUGGCUUUCCUUUCUCAUCAUGCAAAAUUCUUUCGUUUUGUAGGAGAAAUAGCAAAAAUUGCAUUGUAGUUACUUUUUAUUCGAACCAGACAAUAACUUAAUACUUAUCAGAUCCAUGAUAAAAGAUGGGUGUAACAAUAAGUAGGUAUUCUGAUAUAUCUACAAAUGAACUUGUUGCCAGAUUUUGUGGAAAUGAAAUCAUAUGUCCAAAUGAUCCAUUUUGGAAUCAACUCCUUGCAUUCAAUAUAGUGUUGCCAAAAACCGCAGAUGAGCAACUGAUGUUUGACUCGUGUGCUGAGGCCCUUCUUCAAAAGUUUCUGCAGAAUAAUCCUCAGACUGGAAAUCUUGGGUCCCUGGUGCAGGUGUUUAUCACCCGUGCCUCUGAGCUGCUGGCUGCACCAAAUACAGACAAUGUAAUGCUAGCAUGGCAGUGUUACAAUGCGUUGUUUGUGAUCCGAGCUGUGAGCAAGUAUCUAGUGGAAAUGGUCCCAGAGUAUGAGCUCUGUAAACAUUUAGAUGUGCAGGCAAGAAACAUAAGUAGCCCAUCACAGGACACCUCUCCAUCAUUUCCGGUUCAAGAGACCGCAUUGGAACAGACACCAAAAACGGUGAAUGGUGAAAGCCGAGUUGAGAUGUUAAUAGACGCACUCAUUGGGCUCAUCAUUGAUGUUCCUAUUACGGAUAACACGUACUACUUGCACUUGGAGUGUAUCAACACUCUUCUUGUCCUGAUGUCAGUAUACAUGUUUGCCAGUGCACACGGACAGACUAGACUUGUAGAAACGUCGCUUAUUUAUAGGACGCUAUUCCAAGGCAGAUACAGUCUCCACGCGCCGCUGCUAGUGAAGACACUGCUGAUGAAUCUAUCGAAUAUGGCCGCCGCGCCCCCACAGUUCGGCGCUCAGGGCCCGGGCAGUCUAUUCAUUAAUAUUGCAUCGAGUCUCUGGAGUAUGUUGACGCUGAACGCGUCUUCCCGCGUCACAAUAUUCUCCCACCCCCCGGCCGAUCGUCAGGAGUUAAUGGAGCGACUGAAGAGCGACCAUCCAGUGGCCAACCAGUCCUGUCUCCUGCUCCUGGCCCUGGCCAACCACUGCAUCAACCAAGACAACCUGUACAGAACGGCUUUACUUGAAUGUGAAGACACCAAUGAAACAUCGUCGACUACGCCAAACAAAGAAUCCGAAACACCCGGAAAAACGAAAGUCACUCCACCUAGAAUAGAAAUGGCAGCGUUACAUCGGGCGCUGUGCGCGACGGCGGGCUGCGAGCACUCGACGCUGCUGCUGUACCUGCUGCUGCACUCGUGCCGCGCCUACCGCCGCCACGUCACCGCCGACCCACACAUAGAGCAGCUGAUAGUGCCGAUACUGAAGGUGCUGUACAACGCGCCGGACAACACUUCGCAUCACAUCUACAUGUCGCUCAUCGUGCUACUCAUACUGACUGAGGACGACGCGCUCAUCAAGAACGUGCAUUCCAUUAUGCUGAGGAACCUCUCCUGGUACACCGAGCGGUCGCUAUCAGAGAUAUCUGUGGGCGGGCUCACAGUGUUGGUGGUGGUGCGAGCGCUGCAGUACAACAUGGUGCGAGUUAGGGACAAGUACCUGCACACCAACUGUCUCGCCGCUAUAGCUAAUAUGAGCUGUGAAUUUAGAAAUUUACACCCCUACGUAGCGCAGAGGUUAAUAUCGCUCUACGAAACUCUAACGAAAAGAAGAACAAGACUUUAUAAUGAAAUUGAAGGAGGUGAAAUUGACGACGAAGAAUUACCGCAUCACACAGAAGAAAAAAUAGAAGAAAUUAUGGAACACAUAGAGGUGCUGGACGAGGUGCUGCGCAUGCUGCUGGAGAUCAUCAACUCGUGCCUCACGCACCAGCUGCAGAACAACCUGAACCUCGUGUACGCGCUGCUGCACAAGCGCCAGCUGUUCCAGCAGAACCCGCAGCCGCUGAUCGCGCAGAAUAUUGAGAUGGUUAUAGGCUACUUCUCGACGCGACUACAGAGGGUGCAAGAGGGCGCGGGCGGCGAUUUGGGAGUGACAGAAGUACUAGCGGUUAUCAAGAAGGGGGCGGAGCAGUGGUCCAGUGAUAGGCUUAAGAAAUUUCCCGACUUAAAAUUCCGGUACGUGGAAGAGGAUAAACCGGAGGAAUUCUUUACUCCAUACGUGUGGGCGCUCAUUAGCAGCUGCGGCAACAUACACUGGGCGUGCGAGUUCGCACACGCACAAGACGCGUGAUCUAACGAGGACCAAUCGUGUAAUAUUUGCUAAUAUGGAACUGCUAGGUUAUAUGUGAAACAUUAGGAAACGAAUUUUGAGGGUAGUUCUAAUAUUUUUUAAAACUACCCUCAAAAUUUCGUCGUCAGUAGUGAAAUAUCUAAAACUAGAAAUGAAAUAAUGUUAUCGAUAUUAACUAGAUUUGUUUAUAAUAAUUAUUAUACGUAUUUAUUAUUAUAGGUUUUAGAAAUGGUCUCCCCAUCCGUGUCAUUUCAUUCCGAAUUUCUUUUACCAUGACAUGGCGUUAACUUUUUCCUUUACUUCGUCACAUUGGUUUUAAAAGUUGCAUGUUUUCGGGUGUCAUUUUUAAACAUUUUUUGUGUAAUCAGCGCCAAGUAUGUAAGUAUAAUAUUAAAUAUUGUAACGUCGACCCUUCUAAAGGUACAGGUACAAUAAGCUAUUAUAGGCUAUGGAAUGUAAGAAUGUUAAGAACUUUUGAUAAGUAGUAAAUA